UUUCCGUCUCGCUACCAACACCCUCUACCCAUCUCUUCUUGAUCUUCUGUCAUCCCCAUCCCUUCUCGCGAGUUAUCUAAACAAGAACGAGUUAUAGUUAUCGUGCAAAUAAUUAUCCCCGCUAUGUCCUUUUGUUGAUUUUCCAGCGUUGCCUCGGCUUUUAUUGAUGAUAUAUAUACAUAUGUAUUCCUAUUAUGCAUAUAUACAUAUACAUAUACAUACAUACAUACAUACACACAUAUAUAUAUAUGCAUGCUUAAGUACAGCGAGCUAGCUUUAGGGAAGCACACUCUCAUCUUUUCGCCUCACCUCCACUCUUCGAAUUACCCCGUGGAACUAUCCCUCCUUCCUUUCCCUCCCUUUUCCUCCCUUUUAUGAAGAUUUGCCCCGAAGCUUUCAAUAUAUCUGCUAGAGACUAUUACUAAUACAACACCGAAAGGAAAGAUUAUUGUCAUGACAGACACCGUUCCAUUUCCUUCCAUCAAUCUUGCUUCUACUGGGUACCGAUGCCCAGCAUGAGACACCGAUUCAUAUUUUUGCAACGGCUGCGCGACAACACAAUGUGAAAUUUAGAACGAGCGCGAACGUGGUAAUCAAUGAGGUAAGCCGGGAUACGUGUAUCUCAUUGGUUAUUCCGCGACAAAACGCGCAUGACAGUUUCCUCCUAUAUCUAUCUCUUUCAUACACGCGAUCGUCGCUUCUAUCUCUUCCUUCGAAUCUUAUGCUCCCUCCCCUUUCACUCAUCCUUCUUCCCUUCCUUCCGUCCUGCUUGCUUUCUUUGUCCAUCUAAUUUUCUCUCUAUUCCUCGCUGUUGGUCCUUCCUACAACAAAAGUCCUAAAAGCAUUAUUACACUGCGAUAAAAAGGCAUAAUGUUACGCUCCGUUAUUUCUCCAUUAAUCCUAUUCUUUUGGUGGUUUGAAUAUUUUUUUCGUUCCAUUUCUAGCGUUAGUCAAUUAGAAUUCAAAAAGUAUGAAAAAGAACGCAUCGAGAAAAAUUGUGAGAUUCUUUAUGUAAUAACGAUAUUACAUUUUUUUCUUUCCUUUUGUUUUCUCUUUUUUUUUUCUUGUUUCCCAAAUUCUUAUAAUAAUAACGAAAAGAAAAUUUUAAGAGAAACAAACUUUUAAUUAAUAAUUUGAAUAAAUUAAAUAAAAUAAAAAUUUUUUAUUAAUUUUUUUUAUUAAUUUUUGAUUUUUAUUAAUUUUUCUAUCCAAUGAGACGGUCCAUAUCGUAGGAUUUUUUUAAUUCCGAGUAAAAAUGAUACGUUUGUUAACCUCUCGAAAAAGGGGAGAUAUUAAUUAACGAAAUGGCAAUCCACUUUUAAAAACGAGCUAAUAUAUUUUAACCAUCGUAAUAUAAAAUAAUUGAACAAUUAUAUUAAAGCGAUGAUAAUAUUAAUAAUAAAAUAAUCAAUUGUAUAUUAAUCGAUUAAAAAUUUAUUUUAAAAAAUAAUUUCAACAUCUUUUUCUGAUUUAUAAAAAUUUAUUGUGAUAAUUAUCGUGUAUCGAUAAAAAGAAAGAUUAGUUUUUAUAUUGUUUAUUCAAAUGAUUUAAAUGAUUACUCAUAUGUGUAUUUUUUUUGAUAAGAUAUCAAUUUCGAAAUCAGAUCUACUCAGUGCAAUCCUUGCAUAAGUACUGAUGCACUUGUAUGUGCACUUUCAUAAUGUUUGAUUUCGCCGCCGAAUGGCGCUAUUGGUGUGCUCAACGGGCGCUUUAAAUUUCACAACGCUUUUUGUAAACAUGCGUCCUUUUCCGUUGGCGGCUUACGUAUCUUUAAACUAUUUUUGAUCGUUUACUUUGCGACGUGUUAUUUGUUUCAUUUAUUCUCAAGUUGACUCGAAUCCUUCAAGAAACAAAUUAUUCUUGUAGAGUGUUUUACAAAGCUGAUAUUUCAUUUGGACGAAAUGAAGCGUUAACUUGAUAGUAGGCUGGUAAUGGGUCUAAUGUUGAGUUCGGUUCGUGCAUCGACUAAUGCAUAAUCGUGUUAGAUUAUUCUGUGACAAUAAUAACCAGUUGUUCGUAUGCAAUACGAUAAAAUUACGUUCGAAUGUGAUGUCAGCGUAACUAUAAUUGUGCGCGUACAAAAAUGUGAUUAUCUUCUUGUAUUUAAUUGUCAAUAUUUAAAUGUUUUGGAGUACAUGCUUUCUAAAAUUUAUUUGUUGGGCAUGAAUGGACAGGUGCAACCUUCCAGGGAGAGGUUAGGAGGUUUUAGUAACAGUACAAUAGGUCUUUUUUCUGGAAUGAUUACUACAGAUCGUGUUCCAAACAUACAACUAACUGGCACAAACAAUGGAUUACCUAUGGAUGAUUCCAAUGUUGUCACAGAAGUUGAUAGCAAAGUCAAAACGAAAUUAUUAUCUAUGUGGAAUAAUGUUAAAUAUGGUUGGACUAUCAAGGUAGUAAAACCAAAUUUUUCAAAAGAAUCUCCUGUAUGCUUGCUUGGUAAAAUUUAUCGUAAAAAACCAGAAGAAUUUUUAGAAAAAGCUUCUGAAGCAGAUAAAACUUUAGAUACUGGAAGUGAGAUAUCUCUAGCAAUGGAUGCUAUUAGUUUUGAAGAUGGUAUAGAAGAAUUUAAAAAAGAUUUUACAUCGCGUCUUUGGUUAACAUAUAGAAGAGAAUUUCCUAUAUUAAAUGGUUCUACAUUCACUACUGAUUGUGGUUGGGGAUGUAUGUUACGUAGUGGCCAAAUGAUGUUGGCACAGGCAUUAGUCUGCCAUUUUCUUGGAAGAGAAUGGCGGUGGCAACCAGAUCAACCAAUAAAAACGGAACAACAAAAAUUAGAUGAAUAUAAUCACAGAUUAAUAAUUAAAUCAUUUGGAGAUUUACCAGAGCGUACAUCUCCAUUUUCUAUACACACACUUGUAUCUUUGGGUGCAUUGUGGGGAAAACGUGCAGGAGAUUGGUAUGGACCAUCCUCUGUUGCUCAUCUUUUAAGCCAAGCAGUAGAGAAUGCAGCAGAACGACAUCCAGCAUUUAAUAACUUGGCUGUUUAUGUUGCUCAAGAUUGUGCAGUUUAUCUGCAAGAUAUAGAAAAUGUAUGUCAAACACCUGAUGGCAAAUGGAAAUCUUUAAUACUUUUUGUACCUUUAAGGCUUGGUGCUGACAAAUUAAAUCCUGUUUAUACAUCUUGUUUAACACAUUUGCUUACAUUAGACACCUGUAUUGGAGUUAUCGGUGGUCGACCUCGGCAUUCGCUUUAUUUUAUUGGUUUCCAGGAAGAUAAAUUAAUUAAUCUAGACCCACAUUAUUGUCAAGAAACUGUUGAUGUAUUAAAAGAUAAUUUCUCUUUAACAAGUUUUCAUUGUACUUCACCAAGAAAAAUGUUAAUUUCAAAAAUGGAUCCUAGUUGUUGUGUGGGAUUUUAUUUUCAUAACAAAAUGCAAUUUACAAAUUUCAUGGAAAUUGCUCCUUCGUAUUUGGUGCCAGAAGAUGAAAAAAUCGAUUAUCCAAUGUUUUUGUUUUGUGAAGGGAGUGGGAAAGAUCUCCAUCAAAAAAUCGAAAUUGCAGAAAAUAUAAUUCCUUCUACUACCUCUUUUACAGGUAAUGGAACAUACGAUGACGAUCUUGACGAAUGCGAAGAAUUUGAAUUAGUACAAUGAGAUAUUUAUUACUGAAAAAAAAGAAAAAGAUAUAUCACGUACUUAAUACAUUCAUGGAUAGUUUUUGGAGAAAGACAUUAAUGAUCAUCAUUAAUCAGAAUUCUCCGUUCAUUCGUCCAUAUAUGUACAAGGGUAAAAAACCAAUUGAUGACUUUAAUAGAUAGUAAUGUUGUAUUGUAUUAGACAGUUGAAUAUUAAUUUCUUAAUAUGAACUUUUGCCGCGAUAUGAUCUUUAGAUCUCAACAUGUUCGUUGAACGACUGAUAUGAAUUAAUAUAUCGAAUAUUUUCUAUUCGUGAUAAUGUGAAUUUGAAAUAAGCAUUAUCGUCGAUACAUUAUUCUGUGAUCAUAAUUUAAUGCGGCUUUUGUAUUCAUGUGUGUUGUUGCACAAUUUUUUUUAUCUUGUUUAUUGAUCUCAAAAGUUAUGCUUUUAAAUAAUUGUUAGAAUGUUAAUUUAGUAUAUGACCUAGAAUUAUCGCAAGAAGAUAUUUAUUCCUUUUCAUUGAUAAUUGUGUCUAGAACUUGCGUAGAUCGUAAGUUGACGACUUUACUAUAAAGAGUAAUUUUUAUAAAAAUUUCUUAAUUUCUUACGGAAAUGUUCCUGAUAUAACUUAUUUUAUAACGCAGCAAUAUUAGAUUUCUUGCAAAAUGCAAUAUGAAUAAUAUUUUGUUUUGUCCUUGAGAUAAAAAUGUACGUAUAUGCAAGCAUGAGCGCGCAUUAUACAAUUCAACCGUUAACUACCUGUUGUUAUGUUUAAGUUUUAAAUAAUUUAAAUUUUUUUUUCAUGUUAUAUAUUUCUAAGUUAUUUAUUUAUUUAAUAUUUUUAUUUUUCGGCUUUGAAAAUUAUAUCGAACUUAUACUAAGUUCCAACUGCGUUUUACAUAACGUUUUAUGUUAUGAAAGAGAAAUAUUAAUGUAAUUAACAAGUAUAUAUAACAUUAAUUAAAAUAUUGUUAUUAUUAAAAGAUUGACUAAAUUUUCAAAUAAAAAAAAAAUGUGAGCAUGAUAUAUAAGGUAUAUUAUACUCAUAUUAAACUCUGUACACAAUUAAAAAUUGUUAAAAUUCUUAUAUCGGUACAGUUAAAAAUAAAUAUAAAAAAAGGCUAUGAAAAUCAUGUUCCAAAUUUUAUUUCCUAUUUAUAAUCACAAUUAAUACAUUUUUAAAUCAUUUCCAAUAUAUAAAUUCAAGAAAUAUCUUUAUUGAAUCGGCUUUGAUCCCUUUAUAUUAAAGUACAAUAUUUUAUAAUUGAUAUCUAUAAAACAUAAGUAAAACAUACAUAUAAAUCAUUACAUUUAUUAUUUUGUUAAUGAUUUUUGUAUGAUUAUUUGUAAGUUUAUUAUUAUAUAAAUUAUAAUUGACUAUAUAACUAUUGUGACUAGGUGACUAUAUAAAAAAUUGAAUUAAACUUAUAUAAAAUAAGUAAAAAUUGUUGAUGAAAAUUAACAAAUUUUGUACUUUAUUGAUAUAAAAUUAUUUCUUUAUAUUAAUUAUUUUAUAUAUAUUAAAAUUAUUUUAUAUAUAUACAUAUAUAAAGAAAAUAUAUAAUAAAUUUUUUUGCAUAAUUUGUAUAAAUUUACUGAAUUCAUCAAUAUUUGUGCGCAAAUUAAUGGAAGCCUAUGAUCACUAUAGUCUAAGUUAAUUCAAUUUUAAAUUAAUUCAUUAUACAUUUUUACAAAAUAUUAAUGUAUCCUAAUAAUUUGCUAUUGUAACAAAAAUUUUGUAACGAUUCUCUUAAUAUGCGGCCAUAUUUCAUCGGUAGUAUUACCUUGAAAAGUAUUUAACAAUCCUAAAUUACUAUAAAAUGUUAAAAUUGGUUUAGUUGCAUUUGAAUAUUCUUGUAGUCUUCUUUGUACAAUUUCGAUUUUAUCAUCGUCCCUUUUACUUAAAGGUUCGCCAGUCACAUCAUCUUUACCCUAUUAAAAAUUAAACUAAAAUUUAUUAUUCAAACAAAACAAGCUUAAGCUUUCAGAAAUAAAAUCAUCUGAAAAAUUUAUUUAAUUAUUAUAAAUCGAAAAAAAGAUUUAAUUUUGAAAUUUUAACAAAUUACAUUUGCCAACGAUACAUUUUAAUAUAAGUUUUGAAAAAAAUUUCAUCGUCAACUUACCGGUACUUUGGGACUGUUGAAUCCAAUAUUAUAUACUCUUCCACUGGGCAAAUGAACCCAUCUAUUUUUCACACGAUUCAAUAUCACUUCGAAGGGAACAUCCAGAUAAAGAACCAAAUUAAUUGGAUGUAUUUUUUGUAGCUUUUCCGCUUGUGUUAACGUUCUUGGGAACCCUGUAUCAAUGCCAACUAUUUAUUCGAGUUUAGUUGUACACGUGUCGUUAUCGCGCACAUUCAUGGUCUAUAUAUAAUAAAUGAAAUAAAAAUUUUAAUUUCCUACUUACCAUCUAAUAACCAAUUUUGAUUCCCGACCGCUUUGAUUUCUUCGUUUAUCAUUGAAAUCAUUAUAUCAUCAGGAACGAAUUUACCGGAAAGUACGUAAUUCGAGACUGCUUUGCCCAAUUCUACAUUAUUAAAAUAGAUUAUGUUCAAAUUAUAUUUUUAUUAUAAUCUUAUUAUAAUUAUUAUAUCUUUAUCUUUAUUAUAAUUAAUGGACUUUGUAAUACAAUAAUUGUAUUGAUAGGUUAUAUUUCUCUUAUCAUAAUAAAAAAUGGUAUUUUUAUAUAAAAACAUAAAUAGUAAAUAAUUUAAUUGUAUUUAAUUACUUUUAUAUAAUUAAACAAAAUUUUUUAAAAAUUAUGAAUAAAAAUAAAGAUGUUGAAUAAAUUAAUAUAUAUAAAUAUGUGCAAUGUAUUAAUUAAGCCAAUAAAAAUCUAUAUUGACGCGAUAAAAAAUGAUAAAGUGUAUUUAUAUAUUAGAUUAAUUUCUAUAUUUAUAUUUUAUAUUUAUAUAUUAGAUUAAUUUUUUUAAUUGUAUUUCAAUAUCAAUAAUUUAUAAUAACGAGUAAAACACGGAUAAAAAAUUUAUGCUAUUUAGCAAUAAAUGUUCCAAUUCAGUUCUGAGUACGAGUCCAAAUACUUAAAUGAAUGAUUAUAAAUAAGUAGUAUGCUUUUCAUUCAACCAGUUAAUAUGAAUCAGUUUCAAUCAUUCAAUCAGUCACGUAACUGUUAGAGGAUCCAAGUAAUAUAAAUAUUAUAUGUAAAAUUAAACAAGGAUAAUUUUAAUCUGAUUAAGAAAUAUUAAAGAAAGAAACGUAUUUCAUAUUUUAUUUCAUGAAAUAAAUCAACAUUUCGAUCACUUUCAAAGCAAAGUGCACAUGCAUAUACUAUUACAAAUACAUCAAUAAUAUAUGUAUUUAAAAAUGAAAAAUCGAUUUUGGACAAAUCUAUUUUAACAAACAAAUGGCAUGCAAAAGUUUUCGAUCAAAUGAUAUGAAAAUGAUUAAUUUUUAUUAUUUUUCAUUAUAUUUAAUAAAAUGAUUCAAUAAAAACAUAAAAACAUAACAAACAAUUUAUAGUUUCAAACAUACCAGUUUUAUUAUUCAUAUGAAGUCUUAACUUAUCGCCGCUUGAUAUAUGAGUUAAUUUAAAUUGUUCAACAAUUCUAGCCGACAUGGUGCCCUUACCAGAAGCAGGGGCACCUAAUAUCACGGCCCUGAAAGCCGCAGCCUUGGCACACCACGUGGAUAGUGCUACCAUUAAAUCGUCACUUUAAGAAACUCCAAAAAAAUAUGUUAAAUCUAAAUGGAUUGUUUUAUUUUAUACUUUUUCUUUCGACGAAGGUUUACACUUGAAUGUAAUGAUAAUUAUAACUCUUUGAUACAUAUUGUGAUACUCUAUCUAUAAUGUGACCUAUGAACCGCGAUGGCGACCAGUUGCCGAAUCGUUAGAUAACUGAUUAUCCAAUGAAUGGAAGGGUUUAGUUUUUUUCUGCUUCGAUUGUUGGCUACCUUGCAAAUGUAUAUACAUCCACAAUAUGAAUUUUUUUUCACGUACUUUACAUUAAUGAAUUAUGAUAUCAAACAUUUCUUUUAUUUUAAAUAUGUUAAAAUAAAAUUAAAAUUUGCUGAAAAUAAUUUGAUAAUAACAACAUGUAAUUUUUAUUGACAAAGUAGCACUUUAUUCAUAUGAAAAAGUAAUACAACAUUAGGGCCUGUGCUCGAUUUCUUGUAUUCCUCAUUUUUUUUUUUUUUAUAAUUAUUUUCAAAAGCGUAUGUAACGAGAAAACUAGAGAAGGCCUUUUUUUCAUUUGGACAUCUUACGCAUUCUAUGUAACAGGUAGAUCAAAAUUACAAAUUGUGGAAAUCUCGUUUAAAUCUCGGCAUUAAAAGCCUGUCAUUGUGUACUACAAGGAUAGUAAUGUCUCUCUCUGUUUACAAAUUUGCAUCUAUAUAACUAUAAUUUAAAUGAUUUUUUUUUCUAUUCCAUGAAUUAAAGUGAUGUAAAAUAUAUUGUUAAAAUCAUUUUUUUCUUUUUGUAUGAUAUUGUAUAUGUCCUUAAAAUAUAUUUAUAGAUCUUUGUAAUCACGAACUAUCAUUUAUAUGUAUCUUAACAUUCUUCAUUAACACUAAGCACCCAAAUGUCACUUGACUUAUUGCAAGUUUGAUCAAAUGUAGUUGAAGCUUAGCCUGAGCCUAGUGCUACCUGAGGCUUACUUAGUACUUAGUAUUAAAUCUUAAAUCUUAAAAAAAAAAAAAAAAGAAA